UCCCUGCGGGAGUGCCGGGGCGGGCCCGCCGUGACGGCUGCGGAAGAGGCGUCACAGAGAGGCGGUGCAGUCCCCCCGCGGAGGAAGGACGGGCUGCAAGAUGGCGGCGCCGGAGGAGCGGCUCGUGUCGGAGGGCGAAGGCGGCGCCCCGGGCUCGGCGCGGCUCUCCCCGGCCCCGCUGCCGGAGGCCGCCGAGCCGCUGGCGCCCAUGGAGCCGCCGCCUCAGAGCAACACGCUCAUGGGGCUGCCCAUCGUGGCUAUCGAGAGCAUCCUCAGCUUCCUGUCCUACGAUGAGACGAGCCAGCUGCGCUUGGUUUGUAAGCGCAUGGACUUGGUUUGCCAGAGAAUGUUAAAUCAGGGAUUUCUGAAAGUGGAGAGAUACCACAAUUUGUGUCAAAAGCAAGUUAAAGCUCAACUUCCAAGACGGGAGUCAGAGAGGAGAAACCAUUCCUUAGCUCGCCAUGCAGACAUCCUUGCUGCUGUGGAAACGAGGCUCUCUCUCCUAAAUAUGACUUUCAUGAAGUAUGUGGAUUCCAAUCUCUGUUGCUUCAUACCUGGAAAGGUAAUAGAUGAAAUUUAUCGAGUGCUAAGAUAUGUAAACUCUACAAGAGCUCCUCAGAGAGCUCAUGAAGUUCUUCAAGAACUAAGGGACAUUUCCUCCAUGGCUAUGGAAUAUUUUGAUGAGAAGAUUGUUCCAAUACUGAAAAGAAAGAUGCCUGGGUCAGAUGUAUCGGGACGUCUAAUAGGAACUGCCCCAGUUCCAGGGCCUUCUGCAGCGCUGACAACCAUGCAGCUGUUCUCCAAGCAGAGCCCUUCCAGGCAGGAAGUCACCAAGCUGCAGCAGCAGGUGAAAGCCAACGGCACGGGGCUGACGGCGCUGAAGCGGGAGAUCUCGGAGCUGCGCCUCAAGGUGCAGGAGCAGCAGAAGCAGCUCCAGGAUCAAGACCAGAAACUGCUUGAGCAGACCCAGAUCAUUGGGGAACAGAACGCGCGCUUGGCCGAGCUGGAGCGCAAGCUGCGCGAGGUGAUGGAGAGCACGGUGGGGAAUUCUUCGGGCUCCGGCUCAAACGAACAAUCUCCCAGGAAAAGGAGGAAGGCGGUGGAUGCCACGGACUGUCCCAGGAAAUCCAAACGCCUUCGGAACAGAAAAUAACUGCGGAGGAGACAGCGCCUUCAGGAGGAUACACUGCUCUGGUAGCCCAAGCAGGCCUGCUUGUUUGGAUACUGUGACCAGCUCAUGGUGUCACUUAGGCUGCUGGCUCUUCAAAACACCACUUAGACUUGAACAGUGAUUUUCUUUCAUUGACUUUUCCCCUGCUUUCUAUAUGGGUGGGCCUAAUGCACAGAAUCUUUAAGAUUUGCAAUAGCUACAUACUAACCAGACCUGCUCUGUUAUGUUUUGAAGGGUUAACCUUUUUUUCCGUGCAGAUGUGUUUUAAAGUAAACUUAUUUGUGUUUAUGCAUAUGUUCACAUGAAAUCUUAAAUAAAUUGUCUUAACUGACUAAAUGGUUAAGAGUAAAAACAGAUGUCCUGUUCACUUGAAGGAAAGAUCCGCAUUUAAAAACCUUGUUUUUGAGAACUUGACCUUUUUUGUUACAAGUGACCUUGUCUGGAAUGUCUGAAAAGUUGUUAAUACUUUUUGGGGUUCUCUGUAACGAGUAAAACUGACUUCUUACGCUGCAGUAUUGGCUAUAUAUUUUUGUAAACUUCCACAGAAGGGCCUUCUAUCCAGUCUUCACAUGCACACACCCUGGUCCUAGGUCUUAGGAGCCAUAUUCUGCAUUUGCAUGGAUAGAUGCAUGUACAGCUUAGUCAGCCUGCCAAAAGCACUUGCCUGAAACUGUUCCAAACUCUGGGAGAGAGCACAGAGAGCUGUCAAGCAAUUCCUUUGUUCCUCAGCCACAAGUCAGUCUCUGCUUUGGGCUGUGUGGCUGCCCCUCGCCCUGCCUGGAGGGCAGGGAUCCGUAUUUAGCCAAAGCUGGAGAGAGGAGAGGCUGCCUGUGCAUCCCUUGGGUCCUGGCCAACACCCAGCACCUGCCAGCUGUCCCUGGAGUCACCAGGCUCUGGGGACAUCACUGGAGUGAAAUGCUGUAUAUGGUAAAACUUCAGCUAUUUUGUGUGUCUGUGUUGGGGUUGGGGUGGAAAUUUCUCUGUUACACUGAUGACAAUAUUCUAAGCUUUCCUUAUCCUAAAAGGUAAAUCACUUCAGACAGAGCUUUAAUUUCUUUUGCACUUCUGUUUUGAGCUUGUAACUGGAAAAGCAUGUCUUGCACUGUUCAGUCUCUCUGGUCACUUUAACCACCUCAGAGUUGUGUACAGUGAUUAUUCCCCCCCUGCCAUCUGUAUAUUUUUGGAAUCUUAUACAAAUACCAUUGUCCUUGGUUUUGUUUUAAUGUACUAAACUAUGUAGCUUUAUAAUUUGACUUUUGUUUUCUUUUUUUAACCAGCUGCUGCUUUGUCUUUAGGUGGUUCUGAAUUCAACUUGGUAUGGCACUGAAAAUGCAAACGCUGCAUUUUGUAGCUGUUCACAACCUUGAUAUUGCUGCUGUGGGUUAAAGUGCAAGUCCAUUUUGUAUGGCUGUCAGCAUAACCUAGUGGCUGUAUUUAAAGCACCAAACAAAUCAGAGGUUGUCUGGUCAGGUGUUAUAUAAUCGUGGCAAACUGACAUUUUCUACAAUUUUUACUUCUAACACACAGUAGCUCAUAGCAGAAGUAACAUUACAAUUGUCUAAUAUUUGACAGACAUUCAGCUUUCAAAUAAACUUCUCGAGUAGUUUGAGUCUUUUCCAAAAAAAAAAGGCAUUUUUCUUAAUAAUCAACGAUAUUAUAAUCAAGAAACUGUUAAAGGAGCAUUUGCUUUUAUUGGUUUAUACAGCUCAGAAUGUUUGUUACAGGUAACUCUGUCUUGGAGAUAGAUACCUGCUAUUCAGCUUAAAAAUACUGGCAUAUACCUGAACUUCUAAAAAACAAUUUUGAGUCAAAGGGUCAGCAUGAUAGCUAGAAUUACUGUGUGAUACAAAUUCAUUGAAUGGUUAUUUGUGAUAAAAAAUUCCUGUAAUGGACUAAUUGCCAGCUACUUGUGGUUAAAUGCUUCCAAACAAGUAUAAACUUGGGAAUUUCAUUUACUGAAGGGGUUUAUUCAUACAUUUUGAAUAUUUUCACUUCAGAUUCUUUAUUAAUUUCUAGAAUAUGCAGACAAUGUCCCCCUCCCCACCAUGCCAGUGUACAAAUCAUUUCAGCUUAGUCCAGAGCAGCAUUUCUGGACAUGUUGGGGAAUCUCUGGCUGUUCUUAAACUGAGCUGGAAAACAACAGCCAAUUGUUAUGGAAGUGUUCUCUGGGAACUGUGCCAGCUUGGACCCUUCAGCUCAAGGAAGUAUCGUGUGCUCCAGGAUUGCAGGUGCAUCCUGCUCCUCCAUGUGCUGACAUUUUUCAUUCCAGUGAAAUGGAAUGAGGCCCAUGAAACUUCAGGGGGAGAGGGGAUGGUUACAAGAAAUUCCACAAUAAAGGUACACCAGUGUUUUGUGUUUCACAUCCCAGGGAGGGAAACAUCAGAUGGCUCUUGGCUGGAAUGUACACCAGAAAAAUAUACACAUGGGAAAUAAAACCAGAAUGAAAUAAUUGUUUGGACAAAAUAGCUGGAGCUUUAAUUUCUGACACCACAUUGUCCCUUGUUAAAUAAAAAGGAUAAAUUUUGCAAUAUCUGAACAAGCUGAUGAAUCACCUGAAGUAAAACUGUAUCUCUUUUCACUCUCCAUGCCUGUGCACGUUUAUGUGAGUUGGUGUAUCAGCCUGGAAGUCGUGUUGGUGGUGAUCAGUGAUUGUAUCAUCUGUUCAAGGGAGAGCCUUGAAACACUGAGACUGAGAUGCAGUUUGCAAAAUUACCUGAGAAACUGAUUUAUUUGCAUGCACUGUUCAGUUUCAGUACUUGUUUCUAGGGCUGAAAGAAAGGCCAGAGCUGUCAGGGAAAGCAAUUUUAAGUGUCUUAAUAUCUGAUUUCUUAAAAAAACUUGAAAAUACGGAGACCAGCUUUACUGCAUUUUUCAAAAUAGUACUUGCUUGGAAACUUAGCACUUGCUUAGAAAAAUAGCACUUGCUUUUUGUUUCAUAGUAAGGUUGGGGAUUUUUAAAAUGAAUUUGUGUACCUAGUGAUCAUGGUGAAAAUAAGAUCAAAAGGUACCAUAGUGGAAAACAAAUGGAACUUGGUCAGUUCCUGGUAUUCACCAUUGCAUGUUAAUGUUCAUUAAUGCUACAAAGGAUGCCUGUGUGUAACUUGUUAAUGCAAAAGGUGAGACAGAAUUGAACAGAAACUUGGUUGCUCUUCCUCAGAUCUCACAGUGAAUUGUGGGGAGCACUAGGGCUGCCAAAGGAAUUUUGAACAUCAAGAGCCCCUUGAAAAUAGGGUGAUGUAGGAUAUAGUGCAAUGUGUCUCAGCACAGGAGAGGAUUCUCUGAUUCCUUGGUGUUCCUGAUGCUUUUAGGAGGGUAAUUAGCAAAUUUCAGUGAUUGUUACUUCAUGAAUUAGUAAAUUCAGUUUGGACUGUUUUACAGCAAUAUGUCAGCUAGUUGUGAACUAUUCUGUUCAACUCAAGUUGCAUUUCUGUGCUACUGUUCACUGUACCUGGGCCAGCUUGCUUGUCCAUGUGCUCUCCACUCCUGCAGCUCUCCUGCCUGGAUCUCACCUUCCCCAAAGUCCUAGCUUUGGUUCACAUGGAAGUGAACAUUCCAGGAGUUUUGUUCAAGCUUUGUGCCAGCUGAGGACACAGUAGGUCCUGGAUCUCACUGUCUCUGGAAUGGAAAACAUCAGAUACAAACACUGUUGGCUUGCUGAACACCUAAUCUUGGAUAUGUUACACAAAAUGAUCAAAUGCAGUGAU